GAAUGGAACUACAUUUCCCAUGUAUCUGGGAAAUCUGUCAAACACGAAAGGUCACACAUGCGAUGCAGUGAGAGUUGUGCAAAUACGAUCGUAUUUCUCCAAAUUAUUCGUUUUAGAUCAGUCAACCUUCAACUACUCUUCGUCAGUCGUUUCUUAUAGCAACAGUAGUGUGUCCUGCAUUUUGAAAAGCGAUAUUAUCCGGCAUUCAUAAUUCCUGUUAGCUAACGUUGUUAGUUCAGCUAGCCAAGUCAACUGUAGUUUUGAACCCCACUUCAAUUGGGGAAACUUGUUUGUUAAAACAUCUCUGUCACUGACACGAUGCUGAGGAAUCUUGUGAGAUUUCACAAUUGUCUGGGGCAUGCUUUCUCUCCCCCCACUGUCUGCCCAAGAGGUCAAAUGUUUAAGCUGCUCUCUGUGAAAUCCUACUCAAUUAUCACAGAAAGAAAGAAAUUCUAUGAGGAUGUUAGCAUAUCCCAUGGAGAGGGUGGCAUGUUUGAGAUCAACCUGGACCGGCGGAAACUGAAAACACCAGGAGGAAAGCUGUUUACAGCCCCCAACGAAGCCUUAGCCAUUGCCGUGGCGAAUGAAUGGGAUACUCAGAAAGACAUGCUCAAGUUCUACAGCAUGCAUAUGACCACUCUCUGCAACACGGCCCUAGAUAACCCUACGUUCCGCAGCAAGGACCAAAUGAUCACUGCUGCCCUCAAGUAUCUGGAGACUGACACUAUCUGUUACAGAGUUGAGGAGCCUCCAUCACUAGUCGAGCUUCAGAAUAAUGAAUGGGACCCUGUGUUGAACUGGAUUGAAGACCGGUACAACGUAGUCAUUGGCUCCUCCACCAGUAUACUGGGGCCAGAGAUCCCACAGGCGACGAUGGAUACUUUCCGCCAGCACCUGGGUUCCUAUAACUUCUGGUCCCUGACAGGUCUGGAGUAUGUGAUCACCCAGCUGAAGUCAGUGGUGCUUGCCUUUGCUUUAAUAGACAAGCACAUAACAGUGGAGCAGGCCGUGCUGCUGUCACGACUAGAGGAGGAGUUCCAGAUCGGGCAUUGGGGAAAUGUAGAGUGGGCUCAUGAUGUUGACCUGUAUGAGCUGAGGUCACGUACAGCAGCAGGGGCUCUGUUUGUACAUUUCUCUUCUGAAAGUUCAACGGUCAAACGCAAACUCAUGCAAGACUAAGGAGGACAUUCAGUGCUUCCCUGAGUCAACACAAACUCAGACAGGACUCUUAAGAGCAAAGGCAACAGAGGCAGUGUACUGGCCUCUGACUGGGAAGAAAUCCCAACUCCUUCGGACUUGUGUUUAUCUCUGGUUGUUGUCCUUUGCGGAAUAAAAACACAUAAUAUUCUAUGUCAAUCAAUUAAAUGUAUUUAUGAAGCCCUUUUA